GCUCUAGCCGGUGAGGCCGGCGGGGUCUCUAUGGCGGCAGCCGGGAGCCCGCUCGGAGGAGGGGCCCGACCCGGGCGAGGGGGCGCGACCUGGGGCGACGGGGCCGGGGCCCGAGCUCUGGCUCCCGCGCCUCCCGCUGAGCCCCCGGGGACCCGCCCCGGCCUUCCGUCCUUGCAGGAUGGACGAGGAGAGCCUGCAGGCCGCCCUGCAGACCUACGACGCCCAGCUGCAGCAGGUGGAGCUGGCGCUGGGUGCCGGCCUGGAUCCCUCCGAGCUGGCGGACCUGCGCCAGCUGCAGGGGGACCUGAAGGAGCUCAUCGAGCUCACCGAGGCCAGCCUGGUGUCCGUCAGGAAGAGCAAGCUGCUGGCCGCGCUGGAUGGAGAGCCCUCGGCCCAGGACGAGGCUGAGUACCUGGCUCUCCAGAAGGCCGUUGCUGAAGGGGUGGAGGUGCCUGCAGCCGCCGGGGCAGAGCUGGAGGCCGCUCCUGAACGAGAGGCAAAGCCAGACCCCAGCGGGCCCGGGCAGGAGGAGGAGGAGUGGAGCGGGAGGAAGGUGAACGCGCCCUACUACAGCUCCUGGGGCACGUUGGAGUACCACAACGCGAUGAUCGUGGGCACGGAAGAGGCCGACGAUGGCUCCACGGGCGUGCGGGUGCUGUACCUCUACCCCACGCACAAGUCCUUGAAGCCCUGCCCGUUCUUCCUGGAGGGGAAGUGCCGCUUCCAGGAGAACUGCAGGUUCUCCCAUGGGCAGGUGGUCUCUGUGGACGAGCUGCGCCCCUUCCAGGACCCAGACCUGAGCUCCCUCCGGGCCGGCUCUGCAUGUCUGGCCAAGCAGCAGGAUGGCCUCUGGUACCCAGCUCGGAUAACCGAUGUUGAUAACGGCUACUACACAGUCAGGUUUGACUCACUGCUGCUGAAGGAGGCUGUGGUGGAGGGGGACGGCAUCCUGCCCCCACUGCGCACGGACCCCGCAGGGUCCUCGGACUCCGACAGCAGCGACGCAGAUGACCCCAGCUACGCCAGAGUGGUGGAACCUGGUGCUGCUGACCACGGGACCUGCAGCUCCGCUUUUGCUGGCUGGGAGGUGCACACACGGGGCAUUGGCUCCAGACUCCUGGCCAAGAUGGGCUACGAGUUUGGCAAGGGUUUGGGCCGACAUGCAGAGGGCCGGGUGGAGCCCAUCCAUGCUGUGGUGCUUCCUCGAGGGAAGUCGCUGGACCAGUGCGCAGAGAUCCUGCAGGAGAGGACCAAGGGCAGCAAGCCUGGCACCCGGAGGCCCCCGAGAAGCCGGGGGAGCGGGGGUGGGCGUCCUCCCCCUCGUAGUGUGUUUGACUUUCUGAACGAAAAGCUGCAGUACCGGGCCCCUGGGGCCCUGGAGGCUAGGGGGGCCCCCCCAGGGAGGAGGAGUGGCAAGGAAAUGUACCAUGCCAGCAAGAGUGCCAAGCGGGCCCUGAGCCUGCAGCUCUUCCAGACUGAGAAGAAGAUUGAGCAAACCCAGCGGGACAUCCAGGGCAUCCAGAAGGCCCUUGCCCGAAACACCGGCCGGCACAGUGUGACGGCAGCCCAGCUGCAGGAGAGGCUGAUGGGAGCCCAGCGGGAGCUGGGGCAGCUCCAGGCCCAGGAGGCAGGCCUGCAGCGCGAGCAGAGGAAAGCGGACACCCACAAGAAGAUGACUGAGUUCUAGAGCUCCCGUGUGCGCAGCGGACAGAGCUCAGGGCCCCCGGCUCCUGGCUGCCCUCUGGAAGACGAGCUGUCACCCGACAACUAGAUGCUACUGAAGAGGGGCCCCCUGCUCCCAGACUAGCCCCCAUGGCCAGCCUUCUCCCUGGCCCAGGGCCUGUGGACACUACUGAACGGAGAUGGGGCUGCAGGGGUCACGUCUGGACACUUACUUGCCCGUUGAACCCACCUGCCAGUGUCUUAGGGGGUCUCCUUCGCAAAGACAUUAAAGUGAUCGUGUUGUGUCUUUCA